UCCUCUUCCAGACAAAACGAACAACAGAAAAUUCGGGAUGAGCUGAAGCCACUAUGGGUAUGGUUAUAGUCAUCUGUCUUCCACUAAUUUUCUUCUGCAUAUUACUUGGUGCCGGAUGUUUUUUCUUUGGAAGAGCUAAAGGCCGACAAGAUUUCCGGGCCAAUCCUCAGGUUUACGGCGUUCCAGCUCCGCCACCCGGAGCAGCAGCAACCACCGCUUUCCCACCAUCUCCUCCACACGCCAAGGCGCCUGACAAUUUAUCCAGUGCUUGAUAGCGUCGUCUCAGAUUUGAAGCUACACCCAAGGUCCAAGAUUUUUCAUAUCUGGCUUCUUUAGAGAAUUGUUUCUUCUUUUUGCAUUAU